CUGACGUAACAAAAUGGCAGCACACACACGGCUUGUUGAAUAAGCUAUAGCAUAAACGUUUAAUACUUUUAAAUAGACUUGCAUUAAAUGACAGUGAUUCGAUAACAUUUUAUUGCAGAUAUUUGUAUACAAGAAUUGUUUGCUUAGUUGCCUACAAUAUUGAAGUUAAAGGGUAUAUCCAAACCAGCUAUGCAACCUCGAAAUUAAACACAACAAAGAGCCAUGCAAGGCUAGCUAGCAAAGUUGUUAAUUGUUUUAGGAAGAUGUUGGGGUUUUUGACAGCAAGACAAGCUGGACUUGACGACCCACUUCGCCUGAAACGAGCUGAGACUACACGGAGGGUUCUCAGUUUAGAGCUGAAUCAUGACAGAGACGUGGAUCGAAUCCAUAGCAAUGGCAUAAACACCAUAGACAUUGAAGUCAUUGAAGGCCGCUACAUGCUAUCCGGAGGGUCAGAUGGGGUGAUUGUGCUGUACGACCUGGAGAACAACAGUAGGAACGCCCAUUACGCCUGUAAAGCAGUGUGCACAGUCGGCCGGUCUAGUCGGUACGUCCACAGGUUCAGUGUGGAGACGGUACAGUGGUACCCACAUGACACGGGCAUGUUUGUCUCCAGCUCCUUUGACAAAACCAUGAAGGUCUGGGACACUGAGACAUUGAAGCCUGCUGAAGUGUUUCAGUUUGAAGGGAAUGUCUACUGCCACCACAUGUCCCCCAUCGCCAGGAAACACAGCCUCAUCGCAGUUGGUACCAAAGACCAAAAAGUACAGCUCUGUGACCUGAAGUCUGGCUCACGCAUUCACAUUCUUCAGGGUCACAGGGGUGAAGUCCUGUCUGUCCGGUGGUCUCCCAGACAUGAGCACAUUUUAGCUACAGCCAGUACUGAUAGCAGGGUGUUGGUUUGGGAUGUCCGCCGGGCUUCAGGAAGCCUAUUCUCUCUGGACCAACACAACGGGGACAAGUCUAAGGCCUCAUCGCAGGCAGUAAACACUGCCCAUAAUGGAAGGGUAAAUGGCCUCUGUUUCACGGCGGAUGGACUCUACCUUCUCAGCACGGGAACAGAUGAUCGCAUGAGACUGUGGAACAGCGCCAAUGGAGAGAACACAUUGGUGAACUACGGGAAGGUGUGCAAUGAGAGCCGCAAGGGGUUAAAGUUCACCGUGUCUCGCGGCUGCAGCCCAGAGUUUGUGUUCGUGCCAUGCGGCAGCUCGGUGGCGGUGUACGCUGUGCACACUGGGGAGCUGGUCAGCAUGCUGAGGGGGCACUACGACAACGUGGACUGCUGCGACUUCCACCCUGACUACCAGGAGCUGUACAGUGGGGGUAAAGACUGUAACAUCCUAGCCUGGGUUCCAGUUUUACGACUCCCAGACCUGGAGGAAGGUGGCACAAUUGCCAAGGAGGGUAAAAGCCAGGCUGCGGUGAACCCUGCUUUUCAAGAUGCAUGGAGCAGUGAUGAGGACUGACCUACCUGUUCUGCUCUGCUCCAUGGGGUUUACAUUUAAUCAUGGCUCUACUGAAGACGUCUCUGAAACUACCAAUGCGGUUUCGCCUACUUUGGUGUUGGAAAAUGGCCAUCCAGUAACUUGAAUGCCAAUUGUGAUAAAUACAUAGUUGUUUUUAUGCUGUCCAAUAUAGAAACGUAUGGUGAUGAAUCAGCGGUGGUGUUUAGGAGGAGUGGGCAGUGAAACCUGCAGAACUGGAGCCAACCCAGCCCUCUUUGAACAUGAUGUUUCAGUGAUUUAUUCACACAAAUUUUUCAGUUCAACCACAUCGCCGUCUCUCCAUUCACCUGCCUAUUUGCUUUGUUAUUCUUUCGUCAUUGUGAAACCAUUGUAAUGUUGUUUUAAGACGGGACACUGAAAUCACACUCCCCCUUUAUCCAACUGGCAUCUUAUCUACAGUCCUGUUGGCAUGUUUACAUGGGAAUACCAGUGACCUGCAGGGUACCUUACUGACACUUGAACCAGCCUUAUGUACAGUACAUAUAUGUAAUUCUACUGGGCUUGAGACAGCCACUUCCAUGGAAGUAUGAAUGAUGUAUGUGAAGUCUCUUUAAAUGGGAUUUUAUAACA